ACUACAUCUCCCGGCAUGCCUUGCGCGCCGCCCACGGCGCCGCACCGGAGCGCCGGCGGCCGCCAUCUUGAUCCGCCGGCUCCAGCGGCUGGGGGGAGGGGGGGUAAGGUGCGGGCGGCGCCGCGCGGCGCGGGCAGCGGGGGGACCAUGCUGACCUCUCUGGCGCUCCGCCCGCAGCCGCAGGGGCUGGCGCGGCUCCUCCGGGCGCGGCCGUGGCUGUCACCGUCACGGGCGGCCUAUGCCGCGGCGGCGGCGGCGGUGGCUGCGGCCGAGGGGACCAGGCCGCGGCUGCUCCAGGCUUUGGCCGCCAGGGGGCGCCGCGAGCUCGCGCGGCCGCCGGGGCAGAGGCUGCAAUGGCGGGUCGCGGCCUGCAGGGGGCCGGAGGGGGCAGCGGGGCGGCGACCCCCGGCAGCGGGGCCCGGCCCGGGGGGCUGCCCCGGAGCCAGCGCGCCCGGCCCGGCGGGGCCCCCCGCAGCACAGCGCCCUGCCCCGGGCCCGGCCCCCCUGCGGCUCCCCCGGCCGCCCUCCCCCGGCCCGGCCAACCCCAGCCGCUCCGUGCCGGUGCCGCCGCCCAACCUCGUGCCGCCAUCCCUCGGGGAGCCGACGCCGCGUCCCGGGGAUGCGGAGCAGGGCUGCUGCAUCGCGGGAGACCCCGGCGGGCGUCAGAGCGGAGCCGGGAGCUGCCCCCCGGCAGCGGGGCUGCCCGCCCUCAUCGCCGCGCUGGCCUACUGCUACCUGCGGGACCGCCUGUCCAAGGAGGAUGCUCUGCUGGAAGCUGCAAGGAUCAACGACGUUUUGGAAGUCAACAGGUUGCUGCAGGAAGGCGCGGAUGUGAACGCGAGGCACAGGCUGGGCUGGACGGCUCUCAUGGUGGCAGCCAUCAGCAGGAACUCCAGCGUGGUGAAGGCCCUGCUCGGAGCUAAUGCAGAUCCAAACCUUGGCGAUGAUUUCAGCAGCGUGUAUGAGAUUGCCAAAGAAAAGGGCCUCCACUCCUUGGAAGUCCUUGUCACCCGGGAGGACGACUUCAGCAACCGUCUGAACAUCCGAGCCAACUUCAAGGGCUGCACAGCUCUGCACUACGCCGUGCUGGCUGACGACUACCUGACAGUCAAACUGCUGCUGGAUGCAGGUGCCAGCCCCCUGCAGAAGAAUGAAAUGGGACACACCCCCCUGGAUUACGCCCGUGAAGGGGAGGUCAUGAACCUUCUGAGAGCGUCAGAGGCGAAGUUCCAGGAGGAGCAGCGCAGGAGGGAGAUAGAGGAACGGCGAAGGUUCCCGCUGGAGCAGCGGCUCAAAGAGCACAUCAUCGGUCAGGAGAGCGCCAUAGCCACGGUGGGGGCAGCUAUUCGGAGGAAGGAAAAUGGCUGGUAUGAUGAGGAGCACCCGCUGGUCUUUCUUUUCUUGGGAUCAUCUGGAAUAGGUAAAACAGAGCUGGCCAAGCAAACAGCCAAGUACAUCCACAAGGACGUCAAAAAGGGUUUCAUCAGACUGGACAUGUCAGAGUUCCAGGAGAGGCACGAGGUGGCAAAGUUCAUCGGCUCACCACCCGGCUACGUGGGCCAUGAGGAGGGUGGGCAGCUCACCAAAAAGCUGAGGCAGUGCCCAAAUGCUGUGGUCCUCUUUGACGAGGUGGACAAAGCCCACCCAGAUGUGCUCACCAUCAUGCUGCAGCUGUUUGAUGAGGGCAGGCUGACAGAUGGGAAGGGGAAGACCAUUGACUGCAAGGAUGCCAUCUUCAUCAUGACCUCCAACGUGGCCAGCGAGGAGAUCGCACAGCACGCUCUGCAGCUCCGGCAGGAGGCCUUGGAGAUGAGCAAGAAAAGGAUCGUGGAAAACUUAGAGGAUGUCCAGAUGGCUGACAAGAUCACCAUCUCCAAGCAGUUCAAGGAGAAGGUUAUUCGCCCCAUUUUGAAGGCUCACUUCAGACGGGAUGAAUUCCUGGGGAGGAUCAAUGAAAUUGUCUAUUUUCUUCCUUUUUGCCACUCGGAGCUCAUCCAGCUGGUCAACAAGGAGCUCAGCUUUUGGGCCAGAAAGGCCAAGGCGAGGCACAACAUCACUCUGCUGUGGGACAGGGAGGUCAUGGACGUGCUGGCCGACGGCUACAACCUGCACUACGGCGCCCGCUCCAUCAAACACGAGGUGGAGCGUCGCGUGGUGAACCAGCUGGCAGCCGCCUACGAGCAGGACCUGCUGCCACACGGCUGCACUCUCAGGAUCACCGUGGAGGACUCAGACAAGCAGCUGCUGAAAAGCACAGAGAGCACGGAAAAAUCCAAGGUGCCAACCCUGCGGCUGGAGAUCGUGGAGAAGGACAGCAAGGCCCGGAAACUGGAGAUCCAGGCACCGCUGAACCCCGAAAACAUCACUUACUUCUUGUAGGCAGCACUGGGCACUCCCGGCGGCAAUAAAACACCCCAAGAGUCAGAGUGAGCGGUGUCAGAAAGGGCAGAGCCACAGUCCUGCCACCGCCAGGCACGGGCACGGACAUGGACACGGGCACAGACACAGACAUGGGCAGGAGCUGCCCCGGGGGGGCACCAAGGGCUCUCUGGGGGUGCAGCUGUGGGUGAUGAGGUGCCCUGGUGCCAUCAGGGGUGGGUCGGUGGAGGGUCCUGAGGUGUCACGGGGUGUUGGAGCUUUUUAAGGAAGGGGGAAGCGAUUGUGGACCAUGCAGGAGCCGGGAUGGAUUUGUCAUUCUCAUGGGAGGGGGCUCGCUGGGAUAGCUGGGCUGGCAAGGUGGGCACAGGGACCGAGUGUGAGUGUAAAAGCCACCAGGCUCCUGCUCUGUAUCGUCCCCAUUUCUCUUUAUUUGUGGCAAUAAACAUGCCAUGCACAUCC